AUGGCACUGUCAUAUAGCGUGCCCUUCGAGACUUCGGUGCCCGAGGGCUUCGAAAUCGGCACCGUGCUGAAAAUUCGUGGUGUCGUCCCCUCACAGGCUAACAGGUUCUACAUAAACCUGCUGUCCUGUGACAAGCCGGACAGUGAUAUCGUCCUGCACUUCAACCCCCGGCUGGAUCAAUCCAUUGUGGUCAUGAACACCAAGGAGUGCGGCACCUGGGGCUCAGAGGAGCGCGUCUUUCCGAAUGUCUUCCAGAGAGGGCAUUCCUUCGAACUGCUCCUCAUCGCCAUGAAUGAACGCUUCAAGAUUGUGGUCGGGGACUCGGAAUCCUACGAGUUCAUCUACCGGCUCCCACCAAAGCGCUCUUGCUUGUUGAAGGUGGACGGGGACGUGAGUCUGGACUUGUUGAAGAUCUUCUGAGCCUUCCCACGAGGGCGGGUGGGGACGGGGCGCAGGGGUCUGGGGUGGCAAAUAAAGUCUUAGCCUGUCGUCCGUACGCCUCCUGUGUGUCUGUGUCUCCUUCAUAGAGACGAGAAUAGCAGGCUCAGGGAGGUGAAGACACUGACUAAGGGUCACACAGCGAUUGCGUGGCCGGGGCGGGUCCGGGCCUGGAUCUCCGAGGGCACUUUGUGUCCCUGGAGGCCUGAGGAGGGUCACGAUCUGGCGGGGGUGGGGCCUUGGCUUGCCCUCCUGCAGCACUUUGCAAAGCAGCCAGGUGGAAAUGCGGUGGGGGGCGACCUUAGGGAAUUUGCAGGCGCCCAAGCCAUCCCUUGGCGCCCGCUCCGUGGGUGUAACGGACCCCCCAAUCGGUCCGUCUGCAAACAGGUCCCUUGGAGACCCCGGGUGCGUGAAUCUCAAGCUCCCUGCGCCGGUGUCCCUCUUCUUGCCUCUCGCCGGUUUCGCCCACCUACUGGCGCCUGCAGACGGGUGGCGCGGGGAGGGGCUUGGAAGCAGAUCCGGGCCUCGCCUGCCUCCCAUCUGUUCGCGAGUCAGGACAGGCCUCUGACGGCCGUGCCCCGGGGCCGACGCGCCCUGAAGCUGCAGCCUCCCCGAGAGAAGACAGGGAACGCGAACGGCCGGGCUCCUGUGUCCCGGCCGCCGUCGAGCGUGUUCACACAGUUCGUCCAUCUGGGCUCGCCCGACGGCCCUGAGACCCCGGCCCUCCCCGAGUUUCUAGAGGGUAGGGGGAGUUGGGUAUAUACAGACGCCCAGUCACCCCCGACCACCAGGUGGGGAUUUUCGGGUUUCUGGGGGUCGCUGGGUCGCCCUUGACUCGCUGUGGUUGGCGGAGGAGCCGGGACCAAGCGAGCGCCCCCAGCCUCGCACCCUCAGCGAGGCGCUUGCAGCGGCCGUGGCGGCUGCGGAUGGAGCCCGGGGUGGGGGUGGGGGUGGGGGCAGCGUGCCAGCAGCUCACAGUGGGUUCGGGCCCGGGUCUCGGAAAGUCCGGAUCCGCACCCCUGGCGGAUGUACCACAGGCUUCCGGCCCGGACUCUGGCCAAAGUGUGACAGACAGAUCUCCCUCCUUCCCUUGGGCCGCUGCAGAAGUUGCGGUUUAAAAACGGAG